CUCUAUAAAACUGUUCUGUCCCAGGGCCUGCCUCAGACAAAUGAGCAGAGAUGGCAAUGCUGUGGGCUUUCCUGUGUCUGGCAUUCCUUGGCUCUUCCUACGGUUGUGGGAACCCAGCCAUUAAACCAGCUCUGAAUUUCAACCAGAAGAUCGUCAAUGGGGAAAAUGCCUUGUCCGGCUCCUGGCCCUGGCAGGUGUCCCUUCAGGAGAAAAAUGGUUUCCACUUCUGUGGAGGUUCCCUCAUUAACAAAAACUGGGUCAUCACAGCUGCCCAUUGCAACGUGAGCCCAAGCCGCCACCUGGUUGUCCUUGGGGAAUAUGAUCAGUCAUCUAAUGCAGAACCUAUUCAGGUCAGGACUAUCUCAAAGAUCAUCACCCAUCCUGGCUGGAAUCCCAAUACCAUGAACAAUGACAUUACUGUGCUAAAACUGUCCUCACCUGUCCAAUUCACCUCCCGCAUAUCCCCAGUCUGUCUGGCCACAGACAACAACAUCCCCCAGGAUAUCACUUGUGUCACCACAGGCUGGGGCCGCACCAGUGGCAUAGUUAACACCACCCCAGCUCGGCUCCAGCAGGUGGUGCUGCCCCUGGUGACGGUGAAUCAGUGCAAGCAGUACUGGGGCAGCCGCAUCACAAAUGCCAUGAUCUGUGCUGGAGGCUCUGGAGCCUCCUCCUGCCAGGGUGAUUCUGGAGGCCCCCUUGUGUGCCGACAAAACAGCCUACAGGAAGCACCCUGGGUCCAAGUCGGUAUUGUCUCCUGGGGGACAAGCAACUGUGAUGUCCGGGCACCAGCCAUGUACACGCGCAUCAGCACAUUUAGCUCUUGGGUCUAUCAGACGGUGGCCAACAACUAAAGAGCUUGAAGAAGGGACUUUGGGGACACCCCACACAGACCGAAAUGCCCUUCCCCCCAUUCCCUGAAGUACAAUAAAUUCCCUAUCUUCUAU